AUGUUUCGACAAUCUAACUAUGUUUCGACAAUAGGGAUAAGUGAAUUAGCUGAAGUUGAAGCAAAACUGGAUGCUGACUCGAAGGUCGACUCAAAAAAGGUCAAGGAGGGAAGUAAGGAUGGUGAUGAACUGAAAAAGAAGAGGCGGCCAUUUCUCACACAGUUCUUCUCUCCCAUAUUUCUGAAGGCAUUUUCCAUCACAUUUUUUGGGGAAUGGGGCGACAGGAGCCAGCUUGCCACCAUUGGCAUGGCUGCUGAUGAGGACCCAUUCGGUGUGGUUCUAGGUGGCAUUCUAGGACAAGCGCUGUGCACCGUUGCUGCUGUCUUCGGAGGGAAGAGCUUGGCGUCUUGGAUAACUGAGAAAAUCAUAAUUCAGACCCACUGUUUUCGUUUUACCCUCACGCCACAGUUGUCGUCAGCAUGUUUCCAUCUCGAGCAAAUUGUGAAACCUAGUUCUUAUCACUUUGAUGCAGGUUGCAUUCACCGAACCGGAGGAAUGCUUCACGGCAUAAGCCUCUGA